AAAAAUAUUACAAGAAUGUAAUAGCAAAAAAAUUUUAAUAAGAAAUAAUUCCAAGAAUAAAAAUAGAAAUAGAAUAGGAUAUUAUGCAACAUUUAACGACAAAAGGAAAUCAAUUCUCGCAUGACCUUUCGUAAAUCACGCUCGUGUGAAUUUGCGCAAAGCAGCCAUGACAAUUCGUGCGCCCAUUAUCCUGAGAUAUCGGCAUUUCCAGUCCGAGAUAUCUUAGAUCUUACUAGAUUAACCAUAUUCGUACCUCGACACCAUGGUCCAAGCAUAAUUUCCGUUUAACUCUCAUUGUGCUUACUCGUGACUCCUUUUCGCCUCCCCCUUAUUUAUACGAGAAUAUUUAUUAGCUACACGAACCUUUCCUGCAUCCCCAUGUUAGAAAGUCCCACGUUUCUUGUACCAUAGAAAUUGUUCACGAGUCUUGUCUUGAUAGAUCCUUUGAUCUCAUGAAUUUAAUGAAUCGCAUCGUUAACGUCAUUGGAUAAAUAAAUAUGGAGGAAAAAGAAAUCCAUUCCAUCCAUUGCGAAAUUCAUUGUCUCCAAAUAUUUUUCUUAAAUCUUUAUUGAUUCAAUUAUUUAUUAUUAUCUUGAUAAUUUUUUAUAGAUAUUUCUACGAAAUUUCGAACAUAAUUAUACUAUAAUAUACUAUAAUAAUACUAUAAUUAUUUAAAUUGCACUAUUUUUAAUUCUUGUUAACAAACGACAUGGAUUUAAUUAUAAUAAUGGAAAAAAAAAUGAGUAGAUAGAUAAAAAUUACAAGAACGUAUUUUUCGUUUCCCUUCUCGUCUCUCUUUUCUUAAUAAUCCUCGAUAAUAAUGGACAAAGAACUGUAAUUUCCCGUUUUUACUUUGUUUAAUCACCAAUGAUAAUAAUCUGAUUACAAAUCUUGAUCGAAGCAAAGAUAUAUCGAAUACUAUGGAGAAGUGGUAUGAAAAUACGUCAUUAUUUUGUAUCGAAUAAUUGCAACAUGAGUACAUAUGAGUACAUAUGAUUCAUUUUAAUUUUUUUCUCAUUUUUUUUUCUUCUUUUUUUUUUGCGACAAAUGUUUAUAAUUUGUUUCUAUCGGAACAACCUAGUAUAUAAAAAAAAAAAUUAUUAUUUCUUUGCGUAAUAACUCUGAUAACCGCUUUGUUAACCAAUAAAUGAAACAUUGUGAUAGCAAGUGUAAAAUCGAACAUUGUAUUUGUACUUCGUUUUAUCUUGUUAAUUGUUGUUAAUAGAUUGGGUUAUUCAUAGGUAAUACGCACUUUGAAUUUUUAAAGUGAGGAUAAUUAGACAAAAACUGUUUAAAAUAUUGCGUUUCUUUUUUUUUUUCUUUUCGUUUAAGGUCAUCAUUAGUGCAACAAUUUUUUUUUUUUUAACAUAACGCUGCAAAAAUUUUUCACUAUAAUUUUUGUGAACAUAAAGUGAAAUUAUAUUAAAUUCCUUUUUUCAUUCUUCUUUUUAUCUUUUUUUUUUCCUCAUCUAUCUAGUAAUCGAUUUAAAGUAAAUUCUUAUAAAUUAUUGUAUUAAUUUUAUUGAUAAAAUUAAGAUUAAUAUCGGUACGGAAAAUUUUCGCUGAUACGAGAUAUGUGAUCGUAUGGAUAUUUCAUAUCCGUAAGCAUUAUGACAUAAGGGCCAUCUUAAGAAAUACUUUUGUUUCCAAACAUCGUUAUCGAGAUUAUCGUGGACGUUGUCAAUGAAAUCGUCAUUGUUUUUAUAAGAUCGAUUUUAUUUUACAUUUGGUCACGUGGAAGACAGAUGCGGCGAAUUUAAUCAUUUUUAAGAUCGUUUAUUCAGAUAGGCUCAUGUCGAAUAAUUUUCAAUCUCACGAUAAUCAAUCAAAUAUGAAGAUAAGAUGAUCGAGAAUGAAGUUAAGAAACGGAUAAUUAGUUGGAUUUUGGCAGAAAUUGUUUUUGAAGAUUUGAUGAACUCGUUAUUAAUGAAGAGAGAUAAUAAUUGCAAAUGUUUCCACUUCAAAUUGAAAUAAAAUGUCAAAUCAUUGUUAUUAUGUAAUUAUACACCAUGGAGAAAAAUGAAAAGGAGGAACAAGGCAAUCCUAUGAAAGAGUUCAAUAGCAGAACGAAAAUAGCCACCAUCGAAAUCGAAGGAUACAAUGAGAAGGACGAAUUAUACAAUCCCUUCGAAAAUCGUGACAAGAAAAAUUCUAAUUCAGAUUUUGGUGCUCUGGCUCAUCUACUAAAAUCAUCCCUCGGUACCGGAAUCCUCGCCAUGCCGAAUGCGAUCAAAAAUGGCGGGGUGAUAUUCGGCGGAAUAGGGACGAUAAUAAUCGGUUUAAUAUGCGCGCAUUGUGUCCACAUAUUGGUUCGCUCGUCCCAUAUUCUGUGCAAACGUACGAAAACACCCCAGAUGACGUAUGCCGAGACAGCGGAAGCUGCCUUCCUUUGCGGUCCAAAAACUGUCAGACCUUUCGCUAAUUUCAGUCGAAUGUUCGUAAAUGCGGCAUUGUGCGCGACAUACAUAGGCGGUGCUUGCGUAUACGUGGUUUUCGUAUCGACCUCGAUUAAGCAGCUGGUGGACUUCCACACCGGUAUGACCAUACCGAUACGUUUAUACAUACUCACGCUGAUACCUGCGGUGUUAUUGUUGGGGCAAGUGCGAAAUUUGAAAUUCAUGGUGCCGUUCUCUAUCGUGGCCAACCUUUCCAUGAUGACCGGUUUCGCUUUGACUCUGUAUUAUAUCUUCAAUGAUAUCAAAAUACCGUCGCAUGUGAAGCCAAUCGCCUCGAUCGAACAAUUGCCUUCGUUCUUCGCUACCGUAUUAUUUGCCAUCGAGGGUAUCGGUGUUGUGAUGCCUGUCGAAAACAGUAUGAAGAAUCCUCACCACUUCCUUGGUUGUCCAAGUGUUCUUAAUAUAACAAUGACUAUAGUGGUAUCUUUGUACACUGUAUUAGGCGUGUUCGGAUAUUUGAAGUACGUGGAAGAUAUCAAGGGGAGUAUCACGUUAAAUAUACCAACAGAGGACAUAUUGGGACAAGCGGUAAAAUUGCUCAUCGCCCUGGCAGUUUUAUUUACAUACGGAUUACAACUUUUCGUUCCGAUGGAUAUCAUGUGGAGAGCUGUGAAAGAGAAAUGUAGUCACAAGUAUCAAGGCCUGUGCCACACAGUAAUGAGAAUAGGCAUAAGUAUAUUUACAAUUUGUGUGGCAUUACUCGUUCCUGAACUCGAGCCGUUCAUCUCUUUGGUCGGUUCGAUAUUUUUCUCAAUACUCGGGAUCACGAUUCCAGCCGUCGUUGAAACAAUUUCUUGCUGGGACGGCCAUCUUGGCAGAGGCAAAUGGAGAUUUUGGAAAAACACUACGCUUGUGAUAUUCUCUCUGUUGGCGUUAAUAUUCGGUUCCUGGAUCUCUAUUUCAGAUAUAAUCAAAUUAUAUAAAUAAGUUUAUUUAUAAUUCGCGUACGUGGAAGAAAAGACUUAACUUUCUUAAAAUGUGUUAAUAUGUUCACUGUAUACAUUGUAUCUUAUAUAUCUUAUUGGUAAACUCGAAUUUGUUUGAAAACAAUAUGCAUGCGAUAUCGAUUCAAAGAAUAAGAUAUAAAUAGACUUUGCAAAAUAAUUAUUUGAUAAUUUUAAUUUAAAAUUUUUAAUUAAAGAUUUUCCGCAGUGAACGUGUUAAUAUUGUCUAAGACUAGAUUCUGUUGAAUAUUUGUACAUUGUACUUACACUCAUUGUAAUAUAAUUUAUCAUGUAAUGUAAUCCGUAUUGCCAUAGAAUAUUUAUUUUUAAGAAUAUUCAUGUAUAUUGUAAUUUCGUGUACAUUGUGUAUUUAUUUCUACGUUAUACUAAAGAAUUUUUAUAAAAUACUGUAAUUAACUUGAUCGAAAUGAGACGAAUUAGAAAGUUUCGAAUUGAAGAAGGACAGAUGGAUAGAUAAAUUAUUAUAAUAUCGUGAUCAAGUAUUUAUUGUGAAUAUUUCAAAUUAGAAAUACAAUCGUUCUUUCUUUUAAAUUUCUAAAUUGUGCAAAAAUGUGUUGGAUAUAUCUUCAUUGAUAAAAUCGAUGCUUUGUGCUUGCAAAAUCUGCAAAAAUUUGUAUCAUUCCUUUUUUUUUUUUUUAAAUAUUGAAUUCAAGUUAUUACAGAUCUUUUGUUAUCUAAAUUUUUUAUAAUAUGAAUAAGAAAUAUGUACAUAUAUUAAAUAUUAAUAGUGAGGCUAGAUUAGAGAUAAAAAAUUGAAAAUAAAUAAGAAAUAAGAGAUAUGUACAUAUUCUACAUUGUACAUGUACAUUGAAUAUUCUUCUCGACAAACAAUAUUUUUAAAUCAUCAUUUAAUUAUUUAAUUUAAUAUUAUUUUCCAAAUUAUUUUUAACGUUUUAAAUAAUUCAAUGGAUACGAAAUAUUGUCAAAACCCUCUUGAACAAUAAGACUGAUGUUAUUAACAAAAUUUUAUAAAUGAUAAGCUAUAAUCUACCUGUAAAUAAUUUUCAUGCAACAAAAUAAAAAAAUUUAACAGUAACGAAAUUUUGCGAACAAAAAUUUUUACAAAUUUCACAAAUUAUUGCGCAAGAGGGCGCAGAUAUACCAUAAUCUUUCAUUCACUAUUUGCGUCUAUUAUUCAUUAUUAAUUAGCGAACAUUGAAAUCAUUGAAAUCACGCGAUUUAUGUAGAUCUCCAUGCAUUGUUCGACUGCGAAUUCGAUGAUAUUAAUAAUGAAUCUGCGAUUGAAAUUGUUGAUUGUCGUUUGCGUUUUUUACAAUUGCAGUAAAGCAUAGUCACGAUGGUCAUGUGAAUUCCAAUCAUCAAAGGAAUUACAUCUAUGAAUUUGAUGAGUUUUGCAAGACGGAGUAAUUGAAACGUUAAUAUUAUAACGGAUAAGUCUGGCGUGUUUCCCUGUAAAAGAUAUUUGUUAAUCAUCUUAGUUUGUUUGUCGAUAUUCGAAAAAGAUUGUGAUCAUAUUAUAGCGUUUGUUUUUAUGUAACGCGAUUUAACAAAAGAUCGUACUCAUAUUUGAACUCUCUCGCACGAUAAUUUGUCAAUCCUAAUUUUUUAUAAUUUAUUAUUUUCUAUAUUUACUUUACAUAUUUCGUUACCAAAUGUUGUUACGUAUGAAAAUUUGUUGUUGAUGAAAUAUUUACGAAUUUUUGAAAUUAUCGAUAAUAUAAGAUUAAUCGCGCAAGAGAGUUCUAAUUAAUCGAUAUUUGAUCAUUUUGUUAAAAUUUUGCAAAAUUUUGCGACGACAAAAGAUCAAAGUUUUUUUUUUUUUAAAAAAGAAUAAAGUACUUGAAUUAAAUUAAUUAAAA